AGAAAGAAAAGAACCCCAAGCUCAGAAAAGAAGCGCAGAAGCAACGUAUUCCGCCAAGCGCUGAAGCAUCGGAAGAAAGGAAGAACCGCAGUUCGCAGGGCCGCCAGGGCGCAGAACCUCCCUCCGCCCCUGCGCAGAACCAACGCCUAUCUCCUUCCGCUCCGCCGCUCGCCGUGCGCUUCUUAUCUUGACUGACUGCCGCCGUUCCUUGACUGCCUGCGGCUGACCUGCUUCUCCAGACUUGGCUCCAGUUCUCUCGAGCCUCAAGGUGCGCAUAGCAAUUAGGGAGGUGCGCCAAACAAUUUCCAGCCAAGCAUGAAGGCAAUCUCACACCUUUGAAAUUGAAGAAGGCAGCAGCAUCUAUCCACAAAGGAUUUUUUCUGGAGUACAGACUUCAGAACCAUGAGUCUCAUAGGCUACAAUGCCUUGACAAAACCAAACUUCUUUCUUGCACAUUAUGAUAUAUCUGCCCUUGCAAUAUGUCGAUCUCAAUUUAUUUCGCAUUCAAAGAAAACUCCAAUAAUGAGGCUAUGCUGUUCCGUUGUGAGUAGAACACUGUCUUCCAAAUCUGUAACUGAUCAUGAAAGUCAUAAGAAACAGAAAACCGAUGCAUCUUCCUUGUACUCUCAUCCUAGUUUGUUGCAAAUGAAGAAUGAGAGGGUGGCAAACCGUGCACUUGUUUAUGACUUCUUGAGAGGGAUUGGCAUUAUGACUGACGAGCUAGACGGGUUAGAGCUUCCUCCCUCGGUUGAAGUCAUGAGGGAGCGUUUGGACUUCCUUCACAAAUUGGGACUCACAAUUGAGGACAUCAACAAUUACCCUCUUGUCCUCGGCUGCAGUGUGAAGAAAAACAUGAUUCCCGUUCUUGAUUACCUCGGCAAAUUGGGUGUUAGGAAAUCCACACUCACCGGAUUUCUUCGCCGGUACCCACAAGUUCUCCAUGCAAGUGUUGUAGUUGACCUUGCGCCUGUUGUCAAACACCUACAAGGUUUGGACAUUAAACCGAAUGACAUCCCGCUGGUUCUAGAGCAGUAUCCAGAAGUAUUGGGAUUCAAGCUUGAGGGAACAAUGAGCACUUCUGUGGCAUAUCUUGUGGGCAUUGGGGUGGCAAGAAGAGCAAUUGCAGGUGUGCUUGUGAGGUACCCCGAAAUAUUAGGGAUGCGAGUAGGUCGGGUGAUCAAACCCUUUGUGGAAUAUCUUGAGAGUGUGGUAGGAAUCCGGAGGUCAGCAGUGGCAAAGUUAGUCGAGAAAAAUCCGCACAUUUUAGGGUUUGGGCUCGAAGAGAGAGUUAAACCAAAUGUGAAAUCCCUUGAACAAUUCAUGGUCAGGCGAACCUCAAUUCCUUCAGUCAUUUUCCAAUACCCUUCAAUUCUAGGAAUUGAUCUUGAGGAAAGGUUGAAAAGCCAACAAAUUUUCCUCAACUCGCUUUUAGGUCUAUGUCCAGAGGAUUUUGGGAGAGUUAUGGAGAAGAUGCCGCAGGUUGUCAGUCUUAACAAUGCAGCUGUGGUAAACCAUGUUGAUUUCCUCAAGGCAUGUGGGUUUUCUUUAGAACAAGUAAGGACAAUGGUCGUGGGCUGCCCUCAGUUGCUUGCUUUGAAUAUUGAGAUCAUGAAACAAAGUUUUGCUUAUUUCAUUCGUGAGAUGGGCGGCCGGGCGUUGGAUGAGUUGGUUGCUUUCCCGGCUUUCUUCACUUACAACCUCGAAUUAACUGUGAAACCAAGGCAUAUAAAGAUUGCAGAAAAAGGACUAAGAUGUUCCCUUGCAUGGAUGCUCAACUGCUUGGACGAGAAAUUUGAAGACCGGAUGCAUUAUGACUCGUUUGGCAUAGAAGAGAUGGAAUCAAGUCUGACAUCCUUUGACAUGAAUGUCCUCAUGCAACCCCAAAGCGACGAUUCAAUCUAUGAUGAGGAUGAGGAUGAUGCCAGUGAUAGUGAUUGUAGUAUAGACUAGAUCAUCAGACUAUGAUGAGGAUGAUGUUGAUGACACUUGAAUGUAUUUUUAAUUUCUCACUUCACAUGCUAUGUUUAUAUUGUAUCCACUAUCCACUUCACAUCCACCAAUUAGAUUUACAUCAUCCCUAAGGACAAUCCGAAAAUCUUCUCCAACACGCCUAAAACCAUCCAACCAUUCAACCUUCUCGAUAUCCAUUUAUUUUCCAUUUGAUGUUGACACUUUUGAGCGGGAAUCCAAUCCCC